AUGAUUCCAAUUGCUCCUGCACCACCGGCUCCCUCUGUACCGUCCUUUAUCAACCCUUCUCAAAUCGAUGUCAACGACGACAAGUCCAGACGGGCUCCGAAACGAAAGCGCACUGACACCCCCGACGAGUCGGGCACAGAUGUGCCAGCUCGCAACACUCCACGGCAUGGUCCCAAGAAGAAAAAGGCUAACAGGGCAUGUUUCCAUUGCCAAAAAGCCCACUUGACCUGUGAUGAUACACGUCCUUGUCAACGUUGUACAAAACGUGGUAUCGCCAACAGCUGCACAGAGGGUCACCGCAAAAAAGCCAAAUAUCUGCUCGACGACGACGAGUUGAAUGAGCUACGACGGAGCAAGGGCCCGGCGACGGACAAAACAGUGGAUGCACCGGUCGAGGAGAUCACAGAACCUGUUUUUGCACCAACCUUUGACGCCAAUUUUCCGUUCGGCUCAGAGGCUGCCAACCUCGAGUAUUCAAUUUUGUCAGCGAUACUUGGUAACCCGUCCCCGCCGGACUCGGCAAAUACUCCGCCCCCCGACUUUUGGCCGUCGGUGCCGUAUAAUCCGCCCUUUGUAACAUACCCGUAUCAGUCUGCCGAUGAAACGGCACCUCCCCCGCCCCCCUCAUCCGCCCCAGACCCUGAGCCGCCCUCGGCACAGGAGCCGCCGGCUCUGCAUCCGCUCGCACCACGCUAUCCUCUCGAUUCCCGUCCACGCUCACCGCCCUUGCACCUCCCUGACACUCAUGACCAGCCGACAUCCAACCUGCAAACAAUUAACGACCGCAUCACUAAACCGUACGAUUAUACCGAAGGCUAUCAUUUUUUGAUGAAACACUUGCCCACUCGCUUCGAGAAGAAUGAUAUACUCCGCAUCGUCCGUGCCCUCGCCAUCUUCCGCCCGUCCCUUAUCGCCCUGCAGAUGCCUUUGUCUCUUGACGACGAGGUCUUCGUGGAAAAAUGCUUCCAGAGAUCACUACUCGAACUCGACAAGCUCAUGUCCUUCUCCGGAACACCAACCGUUGUUUGGCGACGUACCGGUGAAAUUUGUCUUGUUGCACCCGAAUUUUGCAUGCUCACCGAAUGGGCCAUGGAGGAUCUUGUCGGUCCUGGCAAAAGAAAAUACAUUUACGAGCUCUUCGAGAACCAAUCCGUCGUCGAAUACUGGGAAAAUUUUGCUUCCCACGCCUUUGAGAACACGACACAGUCAGUUUAUUCUCAUUGUGUACUGCUCAAGCCCUCCGGUGCCCCUGUCCCCUCCACUUUUUGUUUUAGCAUCCGGAGAGAUCUAUUCGACCUACCAAGCGUCGUAAUUGGACAAUGGCUUCCUCUUCUCUAA